AAGGCAGUUGUCACGUUGGCAGCCGUAUCGAGAUUCGCUAAAAGGAGGAACAUCUGAACGAUAACAAAGUUAAAAAUGAAAUUUACCAGCAACGACAUGCCUAGAAAUAGUAAAAUUUGUUGUGUCAGGGGUUGCCCCACAAAAAAAAUUUCCGUAGUCAAUGGUGGGCCCAUUAAGUGUUAUUAUUUUCCAAGCGAAAAUAUUGAGCAUAGACGUGAAAGGAGACGAGUUUGGAUUGAAAUCGUUAAAAAACAGUGCGAAUACGAUUCCGAUUGGCAACCAAAAAAAACUCACCGAAUCUGCAGUCUUCACUUUGUUGGUGGAUUAAAAAGCGAACAUCCGUACCAUCCUGGUUACAAUCCUACGAUUUUUCCAGGAAAGACAACUGUAAAAACAGAAAUUAAAGCCACAGCACGUUUAGCACGAUUUCAAAGGUACAUCAAAAGAAAUCCAGUCACAUUGCCUUUGCAGUACGAAUAUAAAAAGAAUAAAAGGACUUUAAAACCAUCAAAUGUCAUGGAUACAAAUAAUAUUAAGUUGGAAGACCUAAGUCAAACUGACUGUGUUGAUGGAAUUGUAAAAUGCAUUCCUCAAUAUAGUGAUUUUAGUAGUCAAGUGAAUUUCAUAGACAAUAUAGAUUAUUUCACAGGAACGAAUUUUAUUGUUUGUAAUAGAAUUAUUGAAGAUCACAAAAGCGAUGCAGAAACUCUUAUUUUUCAGUUACACUGAGCUUGAUCAACAAAUCUAUUGAUAAACUAUAAUCAUACUACGUUUGUACCUUUACAUUUAUUUAACUUGUACCUACACAGUGUAAGUGGACAAGUUGAAUACAAUGCGUGAAUAAUUAAGUAAGUUAUAAUUUUUGAACAGUAACAUUUCAAAAUGAUUUUUUAAACAAACACUUUUUUUAUGUGAACUUCAAUCGUCUUGAAUUUUGCGUGAACAAUUUUGACAGAUUUCAAAAUCAGUGCUUCAAAUAUUUAAAAAAUGUAUACUUUAAGUAAUGAAAACUUGACGCUUUUGUUACAAGAGGCUGUGAAA